AAAAUGGCAGAAGAAGUUUUACUGUCCCUUAUAUGUUUGAAAGGGAUACAAUGUCAUUAAAAUGGAGGCGACGACUUUUUAAAUUUCUACAUUUUCAUCUGUAUUCUCGUGCAAAUGACAUAUGACUUAAAACAGCUUUAUAAAGCUUUGUAAUUCAGUUUUGCAAAUACUAUAUAUAUAACAGAGGAUAAAUGACCCCCCAGAGAACGCAAAAAUAACGACAAAAUUGAAAAUGGCUAAUGCUGCAAGUGUGAUUUGAUAGGGAUACGGCUUACUAACACCGUCUUAAGCAGAAUUCACCAAUAUUAUGAGAUUUAAUAUUAUACAAUACUGAAUUCUAUUAGACGAGUACACAGUUGUCAAACUUAUAUUGGACGAGGCGUCAGCACCUGUGUACGUGUUUGAUAGUAUCAGUAUUUUUCUUAACAAUGCGGUUUGUUUUUUCAAGUACAAUAAUGAUUCGCCUAAACCUUUUUUAGCAUAUAAAGGAAAAUAAGGCAACAUUGAGUAAGAUAUGCAUGUGAUAUAUAGAUAAUUGGACUGAAAUGAAGAGAGCGAUAUGCAUUUAGAUAUAUAUGCUGGUAGAGCGUUGAGUUGUGGAUCGAGCGACGCGGGUUCGAUUCCCUGACGGCGCAUGUCACCUUCGUUGUGAUUGAUCUACGGUCAUUCGUAUUGUACCUCUGCUCUUUCAUAUACAGAAGUAUUAUCAGUUCCUUGCGAAAGUGAAGGCACCAGUACUGGACCAGAUUAACAGUCUGUACAAGAACGAUGCAGUGGCUAAACUGUGCUCUGGUAAAUUCGAUAUGGCUUUACUGCCGUGAGUAAACUGCAAAACAACCAUCACAGCUAAAUAAAUAUUGCCAGGUUUUAGUUCAUUCUUACACAGAAUAAAGUUUUGAUGUUCCCAAAUUAGACAAACAAGUUGGUCGAAAUCAUCGCAAAUUAAUAUAAUUAUCGAAUUGAUAUAUGUAAGUGGUUGAUUAUUCACUAAAUCUAUCACUGUUAUAUAACUACUAUCAUCCUUAUAGGUAACGACUUGUACAAAAUGCACAAAUAUAAUUUACAUGUGAUUUUUAAUAUAUGUUGAAAAGUUUAAAGGGAACUUAAUUAUAGAGCUCCGUGCAAAUAUCAAAGUUAAAUAGCGUUACCAGUUAUGCAUUCAAUUCCUUUGUUAAAUAUGAUAUGCAGUUUGAAUAUAUUGAUCUGAUUGUACACUACCAAAGAAUAAAUUCUUUUUAAAAUAUGUAGUUUAUUAUAUAAGUUGUUGCUAGCAUGUUUAUCAAAUGAUUUGUUUAAUGUUUUAUUUCAAAACAAGGAGUGGAGAGCUUCAAAAACAGAUAAUAUACAGAACCUAUCAAGAAAAUAUACUUAUAUACGAAAACAAUGGCGGAGGAAAUAUUGACAUGCUCGAUAUGCAUUGAAAUUUUCGAAAACCCAAAAAUGUUUCCAUGCCAACACAGUUUCUGCAAAGAUUGUCUUCUUUCUAUAAUUGAAAAUAAAAACAAAGUCAGUUGUCCUCUCUGUCGAAAGGAAAUUUUGAUAGAUAAUGGAAAGAAUACUGAAGAUCUAUUCCCAACAAAUUAUUUGCUGAGCACUUUGUUAGAGUUACACAAGAGAAAGACGGACAGUCGAGUUCUCGUUACUAAGCAGACGACGAACAAAGGAACACAGACAAUUGUCAAACAACAACAAAGGAAAAAAACUCGGACAGUUGGAACAGAAAUGAAGCGUUGUAAGACGGUAAACAUAUCAACACAAACAAGAAGUAAAGAAACACGUGUACAUGACGCUAAUAUUCAAACGUAUGAUGAGACAUUUAACGAAGAAAUGCAAACAGAAGAAGCAGCAACGAAUAAUGACGCGUCUGAUAACGUGGGAAUACAGACUAUAGAAGCAACAACCACUUGUGAAGAAACAAAUAUAAACAAUAAUACUAAUAAUAAAACUGCCAGAAGAUUUAUACAAUACAAAAAUAGUUUUGAUUUUACAUUUAUCAUAAAUUUUUUUGUUGUUGUGAUUGUUAAGUUACAAGCAGUGGGUUACAAAGUGCUAAAUUAUCCUUUAAAACUGACAGCUGGUAUCGUCUCUUUCUGUGCUAACAUCUGCCGCCUAGCCCGCCAAUCAUUUCAUUUUAUAUCAAAUCAAUUCAUCAGCAUGGCUAAAAGAAUUUCGUUCAUCUAUGAGCUAUUUUCAACAGUACAUCCACUAACAUUGAUAAUUAUAAGUAUUAUAUCUUUCUAUCAUAUUAUCGUAUAUUUUGUUUCAAACAUGGUGUUUCUUUGUAUAAUAUUGAUAACGUUUCCCAUACUAGUAUGUUUGUUCCCUAUUUGUUUCGCGGAGAAAAUGCAAUUUCGUCCGGAAAUAAAGAUUAAGCGUGGGAAAACGAAAAUAAUUCGAAGCAGGCAUAAGAUUCGUUAGCAGAGGUCGUUUUCUCCGAUCAAAAACAAACUAUUCGCACAUUGCGCUCUGUUUAAAUGCUUUGCAAAUGAUAAGCACUGCACUGAAAUAGUAUAAGAACAUCCAAUGUAAGAAGUAUUGAACUACAAAUUUAAAUGUAUUGAACAGUUCAUGUAUAACAUAGAUAUGGUGUGAAUUCACAGGUUUAAUAUUGAUUCAGUGUCAGUUAGCAGGUAUAAUAUCGAUUAAUCGGGAGAUCACAGGUAUAAUAUUGAUAGAGGUCGAAUUCACAGUUAUAAUAUUGAUUCAGCGGGAGUUCACAAUUAAAGCCAGGUAUAGAAUUGAUCAUAGAUACAAGAUUCGAUGGAAACAGGCAUAAUGCUUAUUUAGUGUGACUUCGCAGGUAUAAUAUUGAUUAGGUGGAAGUCCGCAAUUAAAGCCAAUUAUACGAUAAUAAGUUUCGUUAAAGAAAACCUGUUGUAUUUCGUAUUUGGUAGUUCCCAGGUUUAAUAUUGAUUCAGUGGGAGUUAGAAGUUAUAGUGCUAAUUAAGUUUCGCAAUUCAGUGUAAAUUUGCAGGAAAUAUUGACCUGAGCAUCACACGUGACAAAGACUUCGCAGCACAAUAAACUUCAGAACUUUUUGGAAUGAAGUCCGGGGACCACAUAAAAAUAAUAUGUCAUAUUAUGACGCAAAGGGCUGUUCUUUUAAUCACAACAAAUGUAGGACAUACUAUAAUUGACAUACAUGAGGAAAUAAGCCGAGCGGAGGAUCAUGAGAAUGUUUCAAACAAACAAUAUGGAAACUAAACGACACAGAUAGUCAACAGUCAUAUCUGAUAACCCCACACAUGAUGAAUAAAUAGACAGAUCAGCUCUUAUCAUUGUAAGUCACACUAAAAACAUUGUCAAGGUGCAAACAGUCAGAAAAAAUGUCUGGUGAUAGUGAAUAUUCUGGUUCUACAGAAAUUAAGUAGAUGAAAUUGACUAGAAAUACGUUUCCUUAAAGAAAACCUGUUAAUUUGUAUUAACAAGAUCACAUUCCUUCAUUAAGGAAAAAAUAGUCAAGGAACAGUAUAUCUCUAUAAAAUCUUGUUUUUCGUUUCGUCAAGAUUUCUUAUGAGAAAAUACAAAUUGGUCAAAACUUUACUUUUUAUAAUAAUAAAAAUUGUCGGUUAUCAUAAAACAUUUGUUGAUGUAUAUAUUGGGUAACUGUUAUCAAAAGUGCAAAUUAAACACCAUUGAAAUUGCUGUUAUUGUUGUUUUAUAAGAUAAAUGACCUCAUGUACCUCCAUUGAAAAUGUACAAUAUCAAUGUUCAAGAGUCGCUGUUCUCCUUUAUGCAGGCGUCACACUGUCCUGAAUUUGGCAUCAGAUGGACACACGAAUUUGACAUGAUGUUUAUUUUCAGUGGUGAUGUCAAUAAAAUGGAUUUACUUGGUUUCACGGCAAUGCCUCAUGCAGCUAGAAACGGUCACUGGAGCUGUGUGUCAUUCCUCAUUAGUUUUGGCGCCAAUAUUUGGAUUAUGGAUAAAGAACUACAUACGGCUCUCGAUAUUGCGGCUCUUGAGAAAGGGAAGAUAUUGUGAAACUACUUGAUGCUGCCCAGAACGAACAAGUCAGGAAAAACCCAAAAGUUAUCCAAAAAUUGAAAGAAAAGGCGAUGAAAGACUCUGAUAAUAAUUUGAAGCAAUAUCAAAGGUAAUUUACAUUAUGUGCCUCGUUUCUUUUUUAUUGGGUUUUACGUCGCACGAGCACAGUAUAGAUCAUAUGACGACUUUCCAGCUUUAACUAAUGGCGGGAGAUCUCAGGUGCCCCUCUGUGCAUUAUUUCAGGCACGAACGGCACCUGAAUAAAACCACCGAAGUUCCGUAAGCUAGCUAGAUGGCUUCCUCACAUGAAAACAUCCAAAGUCCCUAUCGGGAC